AUGAGUCUCUGGGUUGACAAAUAUAGGCCCAGGUCGCUGGACAGUUUGGACUAUCAUGUUGAGGAAGCCGGUACUCUCAAGAAGCUUGUAACGAGUGGUGACUUUCCGCAUCUUCUCUUCUACGGUCCACCAGGUGCUGGAAAAAAAACACGGGUUUCUUGUUUACUUCGCGAACUUUACGGAGGGGGUGUUGAUAAGCUGCGAAUUGAACAUCAUACUUUCACAACUCCCUCAAAGAAGAAAAUCAACCUGUCCACAGUUUCAAGUAACUAUCAUUUGGAAGUCAACCCAAGGCAUGUGAAUGUCUCAAUUGUGGUACUUACUUUACAGGCUGCUCGUUUUUCUCUCGAUGUUGGAAUUUAUGACAGAAUUGUUAUUCAAGAAUUAAUAAAAGACAUGGCGUCCACUGCGCAACUGGAUAUUACGAACCAACGGGAAUUCAAAGUGGUUGUUAUUCAUGAGGUCAUUUCUGCAACUCGUUCUCGAUGCCUCCCCAUUCGCGUGGCCGCUCCCACUGUGGAGAAUAUUGUAAACAUACUCUGCAACGUUGCAAAACUGGAGGGACUGAUUAUGCCAACGGACCUGGCUAAGCGUAUUGCAGUCGCCUCAGAUCGAAAUCUGAGAAGAAGUUUACUUCUGGCGGAAGUUGCGCGUGCUCAGCACUACCCUUACUCCUGCGAGCAAACUCUUCUAUUGCCCGACUGGCAAAAUUUCGUUGCUGACACAGCUUCCCGUAUUCUUGGAGAGCAAAGUCCUCGUAGGCACAUUCGUGGAAGGCUUUAUGAAUUACUGGCUCAUUGUGUCCCGCCCGACGUAGUUUUCCGGGGCUUGUUGGACAGUCUCCUUUCAUCUUGUGACAGCACCAUCAAGUACGAAUUGGUGAAUUUGGCGGCCACCCACGAGCAUCGCAUGCACCUUGGACAAAAACCCAUAUUUCAUUUGGAAGCUUUUAUAAUUGGUUUUAUGGCAAUGUACAAACGAUUUAUAGAAGACACUCUGGGUGUAAGUGAGAUUUAA